AGCAGGAUUCUUUCAGGCACUGAUGAGAUACCGGAAAAAAACGAGAUAGCCGGAAGAAGCUAACGAGCGUCGUGUUAUUAGCUCUUAAUCUGUUAUUUCAGCGUUUGAGGUUGUUUUUUUUGUAAGGUUACUAACAAAAAGCAACAAUGUCUGAAAGAAAAGUGUUGAAUGUGAGUAUAUGAACGCGAACUUUGGGUAUUUGUUGUGUCGAAGCUGAAAAACUAAGCAAACCUUAACGUUAGCUGUGAAUCGUGAUAAUAACAUCACACUUUUUCAUUGUUUACAGAUGUAAUGAUCGAUCCUGUGAUGGAUAUUAUGUGUAAUAUAAGGGGUUUUUGUAAGGUGUUAAUGAUUGACAGUAACCUACAGAAGGAGUUUAACUCUAAUCUGUUUGUUGUAACCCUUUUAGAAAUACUACCCACCGGAUUUCGAUCCAUCCAAAAUCCCCAAACUCAAACUCCCCAAAGAUCGCCAGUAUGUGGUCAGAUUGAUGGCUCCAUUCAACAUGAGGUAUGUGAGAUUAUUCUGCAUUAUGAACGUACUGUUGUUCUGCCAUUGAGGUUAUUUGAAUGGGUUAAGGAGGCUGAUCAAACCCACAGACACAUGAUAUGAUAUGACAAUGUCUGUAUGAUAUUGACCAAUGAGAAUUCAGUUUACAACACAAAUAGGUGGUCAAACCAGAUCAGUGAAGGCUGUCUCUUGAUAAUGUCUCAUGUAGGGCUGGGCAGUAUGGGAAAAAGUUUAUCACGAUAUAUAUAUAUUUUUUUUUCAUAUCAAUAAAUAUCACAAUAUGAAAUUUGAUUGGUAGCAUGUCUUUUGCAAUACAAUAAGCGACUACAUAAGGCUGCACGAUAUUGGAAAAAAAAUAACAUUGCGAUUUUUUUUCAAACCUGCAAUAUAUAUUGGGAUAUUAAAAAAUACAGGAAUUUUCACCAAAUGACCUGAAUAGCACUUUAUGCUGUGCUGCACUACUGAAAUCUUGAGGACAGUUAACCUGCACUGAUCAUACCUCUUUUUGUGAAUGUUAGUAGAAUGGCUUCUGUUUGUUUCAGAGAUAUUUUUAGCUUUUAUUGUGCUGGGAUGUUAUUGUGGCAACAGAUAAAAGGCACUGCCGUCACUUGUUUGGUCGACAUCAUCCUUCUUGUAACCAAAAUAGUUCCAGAUAACUGACUUCCCUUUUCUUUUUGGCAACAAGUCUUAAUUUUCAGUCGUUUCUCUUGUUCGUUUCUCAUUUUGCAAUCGUUGUUGUUGUUACCGGUGUUGUGCCGAGAAACGCAUGCUCGCCGAGAAUCGCAUGCACCUGGCAAAGUGCGCACCGUCUGUAGUAUAUUAGAGUGGUCCACGGAAAUGUGCAAUUUAAAGCCCAUGCAAUUCUUAUUUGUAGGGCUAAACAGGGAUGAGUAAUGUUCCAAAAGCAAUUCUCGGCGGGUAUGCGUUUCUCUGCACAACUCUGGCAGCACCAGCGACUCACUCCAUGUGCCGGGGCGCGGUUUCCUCCUCUCUGAUUUUGAUUGAUGGCUGGCAGGGUAGUCUGAUUGGCAACUGAGUAAAGAACAAAUGUGAUUUGUGGAUCGCUGCACAGCACAUGCAGAGUCACAUGUAGAGUAUCUCAGUCAGAUACUCUUAAAAUUAAAUGAGUUCAUUCGCCUCUGACAUCGCAGGCACUGCGAAGUGACUAUUGUGCACACAUACAUCGCAAUUACGAUGCUCAAAGGAUAUAUUGUGCAACCCUAGCUUUCGGCUUCACGUGUUAAAGUGCUAUGGCUUUGUGUAGCUGCAGCCUGCUAAUACGCAGUUGUUUACUUCUUGGUUCUAAUUCAGCUCAUGAUUGGUUCAGCACGAAGCAGACCCGGAGCAACUCCCCUUUUCAUUGGCUAUUCAUGUAGUCUACCAAAACAUGGCAGAAAGCCGACUAUCUGAUAGGAUAUUGACCACGUUUCAUAUUGAUAUUGAGGAACAUUCGUUUUCAAUAUAUAUCCUUAUCGUUUUAUCGCCCAGCCCUAGUCUCAUGAUAAGUUGUCACUUUUUUUUUUUCUUUUCAAUUUGAGGGCUGCUCUUUCUAAGAUAUGUGGCUGAAUAAACAGAGAGACCAGGGUUAUCUCUCAGUGUCGUCUCUUUGGUGGUUUGCAGGUGUAAAACAUGCGGCGAGUACAUCUACAAGGGGAAGAAGUUUAACGCUCGCAAAGAGACUGUUCAGAAUGAGCUGUACAUGGGACUGCCCAUCUUCCGUUUCUACAUCAAAUGUACUCGCUGUCUUGCUGAGAUCACAUUUAAGGUGAGAAAAUAAUAUACUCAAGUAGUUAUAAUGGGUUUUUAAUUUAAAAAUAAGACACUGAAACUUAUUUGUCGGGCUUUCUUUCUUAUAAUGUGACAACAGACCGACCCAGAGAACACAGACUACGCAAUGGAGCAUGGUGCAACAAGAAACUUCCAGGCUGAGAAACUGAUUGAGGAGGAGGAGAAGAGAGUCCAACAAGAGAGGGAAGAAGAAGAACUGAACAACCCCAUGAAGGUCUGUGUUGUAGAUCUUAUCAGUGUUUGUUAUUUUUAAUCAUUAUCAGAAUGAUGGGUUGGUGAUUUUGACAUUCUGGUACCAGGUGUUGGAGAACCGCACAAAAGAUUCCAAGAUGGAGAUGGAGGUUCUGGAGAACCUUCAGGAGCUGAAGGAGCUCAACCAGAGGCAGGCUCAGGUGGACUUUGAGGGAAUGAUCGAGCGAUACAGAGAACUGGAGAAGAUGGAGAGGGAAAGGGAGAAAGAAGACGAUGAGCGAGAGACAAAGUGAGUGAGGGAGCUUUAAAUAGUGUUUGGGUAAUUAAAACAAAAGCAACGAUAGAGGAAUUAAAUAAACAACUGCCACCCAGAAACUGGAUAAGUUGUGGUGCAGCUAUAUAGAUAAUUUUGUUUCCGUUUUUGUACUUUUAUGUUGAGCAGUUUGAACUCUCAGCUGCAGCCAUAAAAAACCCAAUCAAAUCUGAAUGUGUUGAUGGUUUCACAGGGAGAUGUUGGAUCGCGCCCUCGUGAAAAGACUCAGAGAUUCAGACUCUGACUCAGAGAAGGAAGAGGAGACGAACAGCUCACAGUCAAAGAAAGCCUUUACUGAAAAUCCAACUGAAGUUCUCACCUCAGAGAAACCUACAGAGGCACAGGUAUGAGUAAUUCUCCUCAAUAAACAAAGUUUGUUCAUUUCCUGUCAACUGGCAGGGUUUGGACAGCGUUCCAGGCAAACAUCAAGGUUUAUUUACGCAAUCCAUUAUAUUCAGAAGGCAGCUUUUGUCUUGCAGGAAAUGCUAUACUGCUGUGCCUCAGUUGUAUCAGCGUAACAGAUCCAGCAGUUAGUAACAGUUUCCCGCUUUUGGAGUUGAUGAGCAACUCAAAAGAUGUGAACAAAGUUGUCUAAGAAAAUUAGAGCACGAUAUCAUCUAAUUCAUGUAACCUGACAAAGAUGAAAACAUUGAAAACUCUAAUAAAGAAACCAAAGGUGGAUAACUGAUGCUUUGUGUUCAACAGGGACCCUCGUCUGGACCAGUAAAGAAGGCCAAGGUGGAGAGCUGGGAGAGGAGUGUCGGGACACUAGGCAGAGGUGGGGCACUAGGCUCCCUGGUUGUGCGGAAGAAACCAGCAGCAGCAGCAGCAGCAGUCAGUAAACCCAGUUCAGCAGCAGCUACCUCAUCACAAACAGGUAAAGCAUGAGUAUCUCCAACAGCCUGAAUGAAAGUUUUUUUUAUAGCCACAUUUGGAAUGAUUCUUUGUUCACAUCUUUUAUUCAAAGUUUGUUCAUAAUUUUGAUGGAACCAUUGUUGUGUUUGCGCUGUUUUACAGAUUCAAAGGCGCCUCCUGUUCAGGAAAAUAAUGCCUCCAAGCCUGUCAACUCUCAAAACGGCUCGUCAUCUCUCAGCCUGCUGGGGGCGUAUUCAGACAGUGACAGCAAUGACAGCGAAUGAAAGGAAGGCACCGUGGAGGAGUUUCGAUCAGUGUGACUGACACAGUCAUAUAAAGGACGCAGAGAGGAAUAUAAUGCUGUGUGGACCUGUUUUUAACACUCAGCAGACAUUAAAAUCGUAAAAAAAAAGUUAACUUUUUCCUUGAAAGCAUUUCUAUACAGUGAUUAUAAGUCAAUAUAAUAACAGGUGGUCAUUGGAAGGUUAUUUGUUAUUGCAACCCAAUGUAAAAAUGACCUCUGAUAAAAUACAAAAUGUUUAUUUUAUGUGUUGAUUAAAAUUCUUCAUCCCCUUCACUUGUUUU